GCUGCCUCUGUCAAAAUAAACUGGGGUGACAGUUCGGUCAAUAUUGUUUAUUUUUAUAAAUUUUAUUUAUAAAACAUUUCGAAUGCACGAUGAUACAAUAACCGCAUUGCAAUGUAUUACUGAUGAGUACGCACAAAAUAUUUACAAAUAAAAAAGAAAUCGUCCUAGUUCGACUGCAAGUUUAGCGCACGAAUUCGACUUUAAUCGCCGAGUAAUAAAAUGAACCUGAAAAUGCGGCUGAUUUUUGUCUUAUUUUUGGUGAACGUGGCCCGCGGGGCCGUCGUCCACAGCCACACUAACGAGAUAAACAAAGAAAGAGAAGCAGACGGCGCGUUUAGCCCAAGAGACCAUGGGCACUUCUCUGAGAGCGGCGAACACCACAGCGAGUUUGAUCAUGAGGCGAUUCUGGGCAGUCACAAAGAGGCUGAAGAGUACGAUAAUCUGCCUCCGGAAGAAGCCAAGAAGAGGUUGAAGAUAUUGCUGGUCAAGAUGGAUUUGAACAGAGAUGGUAACAUCGAUAGGAGGGAGUUGAAAGCAUGGAUACUCAGAUCAUUCAAGAUGUUAUCCGAAGAAGAAGCAAGGGAAAGGCUGGAGGAUGCUGAUGAAGACAAUGAUGGAAGAAUUACUUGGAAAGAAUAUUUAUCUGAUAAUUAUGGGAUAGAAAGUGAUGAAAAUACACUUGAUAUCAGCGAGGAAAAUGAACAUUUGCAGUUGAUCGAAGACGACAAGCGCAUGUGGCAGGCGGCAGACAAAAACCGAGACGGGCUUCUCGACAGCACCGAAUGGAUAGCGUUUUCUCAUCCAGAGGAACAUCCGGACAUGUUGCCUGUAAUCUUGGAGCAGACAUUAAGGGAAAAGGAUAAAGAUGGAGACGGUGUGAUUAGCUUCCAGGUAGUUUUAAUUGAGUACGUUGGGGACAGGGGCACUGAACUGAGCAAGGAGUCCCUAUUGGAGAUGAAGACCAAGUUCGAUGAAACCCUGGAUAAGAACAAGGACGGAAAACUGGAAGGUGCCGAGAUACUGUCUUGGGUGGUGCCUAGUAACGAAGAGAUUGCUCAAGAGGAAGUAGACCACCUGUUCGCCCAUAGCGACGAUGAUCACGACGAUUCGUUGAGUUUCGAAGAAGUACUCGAACACCACGACGUUUUCGUCGGAAGCGAAGCUACCGAUUACGGCGACCAUCUUCAUAACAUUCACCAGUUUACCGACGAAUUAUGAUCGAAUAAAUGGAAUAAAAACAGUAUUUACCUCUCACCGGGACUGAAAUGCAGCAGUCUCAGUUUUGUAUGCUCUUAGUUUUCGUUAUGAUCUGGAAAAUUUUUAUUCUAUUUUCGUAUUUUAAGUUUCAUCGACGGAUUGUGUAGCUAUUUAUUGACUUAUUUAUGUUAUCUAGUUUCACCCUUACAUCUUAAGCAUAAGUUUAUCAUGUGCCAUUCUAUAUACAUAUGUUCGAUUUUAUGUAAAUAAACGUUCAAAAUGCAAAUGUUAUCAUUCAAACUCUUUACAGAAAACAAUAGCAGUAUUAAAGUUUGUAUGGAUAAGAACGCGAUGGUUCAAGAUAAAACAAACAAGCUUUUCUUUAUCAAGUUUCUGUUCGGGAAACACGCAGGCACCGUUAAAGCGACCCGUAUUUGAAGCAGUAGUAUCAUAACAAUUUGUAUUUUAUCUUCCAAGAUUCC